AUGUGGCCGUGGCUGCCACCGGGCAUUGGCCCGAACGUGCCUGGGCAGACGCUCACACGUCCGAGCCAGCCGAGCCAAAACGUUGGGCAAGGAGCGCGACCCAUCCCGCGCCGAGUUGGUGGGGCCUUGAUAGGGCUCGGGGUCUGCCUGGCGCCACGGCGCAGUUCCGCGAAGGCGAUGCGAUCGAGCCGCGAAGUGGAGCGCAAGAAGCUGGAGGACGGAUCGGAGGUGGUCAGGCUGGCCUCGGGCGUGCAGUACGUCGAUCUCCGCGUGGGUGGCGGGGAGGUCCCUGAGCUCGGCGACGUCGUCCUCGCGCAUGUAAAAGGAUAUCUGAUGGAGAAGGAUGACCCGGUCUUUGUGGACACCUACUCUGACGGCAGACCCCUGGUCUUCUCACUUGGCACCGAGCCGCAGGGCCUUACAGAGGGGCUCUCUGAAGCCUUGGCCACGAUGAAGCUGGGAUCCGUCCGAGUCGUGCAGGUGCCCUCCUACCUUGGGUAUCCCGACGGCCUUGCACGUGCUGGCGUGAAGCCACCUUUGCGGCUGCCCAUUCCUCGCAAGGAAGGGCUGCGUUAUGAAGUGGAGCUCCUUCGCUGU